AUGGCGACGGAGGGUAAUGUCGAAGUCUUGCGGCCCUAUGCGAUCGAGGAGCCUGCCGACGAUGCACCGGAGCCUGCAUCUUUACCGCGACGACUGGUUUUACCUUGUCCCCCCGACCAGCUUGAGCUGUGGCAGCCCGAGGUAGUCGAGCGCAUUGGCGAUACUGUGGAAGGGGACGAAACUCUGCUUGGUGAAGAAGUUCCGUCCGUCUUUACCAAAAGAGGUCAAAAGCGAAAGCCAGCUGGAGCGGCUAGUACUGGCCCGUGUCAUCCAGGCUUUCACCGAUCCAAAUCAAAGAUAAGAGACGGAGAUCCUACAUUGCCUGGAUGGGGUCUUCAUCCAAAAAGGCGUCGCAGGCGUAGUAAAGCGAUGGACGAUAUGCUCAAGGGUCAGCAUUCAACCAUUCCUCUCCAUGAAUACCGCAUCGCUUGUGCUCAGGAAAGUUCGAGCUCGGACGUUCCCUCGUCCAGCAACAGGGAAGCUACGAGGGAAUUUGCCACGGUCGAUGAGAUGGACAUUGACUGA